AUGUUUAAAAUAAAUUUCCUUGCGAGUGUUUGCGCGAAUGGCUCAAGGAGAGUCCCGAAGCUUUUCAGAAGUUGCAGUGCAUUCUCUGCUGGCGAACAAAUUCAAAAGGAUGUGUAUGUAAGUGAUAAAUUGUUCAGGUUAGGGGAGAUUUUAGGAAGUAUUUUUUAGCAAAGAAGGAAGAUCGUGAGCUGCCAGGCCUGGUGCUAUAAAAUUACUAAUUAUUGAUUAUGAAUGGUAGUAUGAGAGGAAUGAUUAAAGUUGGGUCCAAUCCGUUUUGUUCAAUUGAUGUGUUUGUCUACAUCGUUUUAUAUAUAUAUAUAUAUAUAUAAUAAUGAAAUAAAAUACACAUUAAUAAUGAUAAUGAAUACAAAUGAACACUUUAACACUGCAUAACUCGCGCUCUGAGUGUUCAAACAUUGUACAAUUUCGGUAUAGACUGAUUUGAGUUUGAAGAUUUUAAUUCUAAUUUCAAAAUGAAGAUGAUAAAUCGAUAAUGCCGUCGGAUGUUGAUUGUAUGCAUGAUUGCAAGGUGGCCAUGUUAAUUGGUGAUGCAUUAGGAAGAGAUAUUUAAAAAAUCCCAUUAGUUCUAUUUAAAGGCAUGUUUAUAUUGUUGCCUGGAAAUGAGCCAAGGGCAUUAGACCCUUCCAGAAAGUAUCCAUACCUCUGAGAGAAAAUGCAAGUUUUAUCCCUGCCUGCCUACCCCUACACUUACCUUUACCACAAACAAAUUUUUAUCCCCUCCCUCUCUGGACAGCAGAAAUGUUCCUCCAUGGGGAGUGUGGAUCCACUAAUUCCCUUAUCAAACCAUUUUCUAUUUAUUUCGAAUGAGGGGUGCAUUCGAGGGGUAAAUACUCUGAAAAUUACUCUGAAAAUCUUCGUACACUUCAUCAAAAUUCAAAAAAAAUUUUUGGAAAAAUCCCAAAAUCUCACUAAAUCCCAGAAUCCCAAAAUCCCAAGAAAUCUCUAAAAAUUGCAUAAAAUACUUGGGAAAAACCAAAUAAAAUCCUCAAAAUUAUUGCAAUAUUGGGAAAUCCUAUCAAAUUUAAACAUUUAAAUUGUGAAUUGGUGUGAAAAUGCCCUUCGUUGAUUUAUUUCGUUUUAAAAGAAUUCAACGGAUUACUAUGUUGCAAAAAAUUUCGGAAAAAGUUUGGUGAAAAAAAAUAAGGGAAAAUAUUUCGAAAAAAUCAGCUGAAAAAAUCCCUUAAAUUUGUGGAAAAAAAUCCCAGAAUCCCGAGGAAAAUUGCCGGGAUUUUCUAAUCCCAAAAAUCUUUGUACGCUUUUUUCAGAGUAAUUUACCCCUCGGGUGCAUUGACACACACUGGUUCAUUUCAGGAUUACGAAGAUACCAAAGCUGGCUUAUCAUUGACGGACACAUUUGGUCGCAAGCACACAUAUUUGAGAAUAUCUCUCAAUGAAAUUUGUAACUUAAGAUGUGAGUAAUGUCCGUAAGUCGUUUACUGGGUAGGUUGGUAUGGUUGAUCACGCUGUCAUCUGUGGAAUUUUUAACACAUGCUUAUUACUAUUUUUACCCAAUAAUUAUAUACACAUAGAUUUUUAUCAGUAAAUUAUCACUAAAAAUAGAUGUUCAUUCUUUUCUUCCUUCCUUGCUGUUUCAUGUCACUUCGUAUAAUGAACCUUGGGGUGUUACAUACACCUUGGGGUAUUCCAUGUAUGCAACCGGGGGGAGUCAAAGUUUUCAUGUAUGCCUAUUGUAUAAAUGAUGUCAUUUCUAUAUUCUUUGUGUACAAGGGGGAGAGGGAAGGUUUAAUUUGUUUUUGCAUACCCGGUACAUACUAAAUGCACAUGCCCCCAUUAUAACUAUCUAGGCCAGUAUUGUAUGCCCGCAGAGGGAGUUCCACUAACACCAAGAGACCAACUUCUCACAACAGAUGAAGUCAUCCGUUUAAGUAAACUGUUUGUAAAUGAAGGAGUGCAGAAGAUUCGUCUUACUGGCGGUGAACCCAUGCUGCGGAAAGAUAUUGUCACUAUUUGUGGUGAGCUUUUUAUGCUUUAAAACACUCCGGGCAAAUGGACAUGCGAUUGUUAGUCAGUUGGAGGCAUAGCCACAAGGGAAUGGAGGUCUGUACCCCCCUCCCCUCACUGUUCUUCAGUACCGAUUUUGCAGUUUUUUCAAGAUUGAGGAGAAACUGGGUGGGUGUAACCUCAUUAUGUUUUUUAUCUAUAACGUAAAAUAUAUCAAAUAUGUGGCUUUCAGAUUUUCAUAAAAAAUGCAUGAAAUAGCAUUUUGCAGACCCAAAAAAUAGAAACAUUUUUGCACACAUAAGGGGCUGCAUGUGUCUGUCAGUCCGCUAAUCAGUGAGGUAGUCAGUUCAGUGAGUUGGAUGAAUGGUCAGUGAGCAUUUGGACCAGACAGGCAGAUGAUGUAGCAUACAUUUUAUUCUACAGAAAGACUUCAUGAGUUGCCAAACUUACAAGAUAUCGCUAUGACAACAAAUGGUGUGACAUUAUCAAGAGUUCUUCCAGACUUGCAAAAGGCUGGAUUAAACCUGCUCAAUAUCAGCCUUGACACGUUGAUACCUCAGAAAUUUGAGUUCAUCACCAGAAGAAAACACACAGGUAAAUGUAUUGAAUACUUCGUGUAGAAAUAAUAAUAAAAUCUUUAUAUGCUUGGCAAUGUAUUCAGGCUUGUAAGCAGCAUUUUUUCACAAGGGGGGGCACUAAUACCUAUGUGUUGAAAUAAAUGCCAAAAAUGUUAAUGCAUUUAAAGUCAUAUCAAUUAGAUGCCAUUUGGAUUAACAAUUUAUAAUAAUAUUAUAAAAUUAGUAAGUUAAAUUAUCCCCCCUCACUGCAUGCAGCCCUAACAGUAGAAAAGAGAGAUAUUUGAGUUUUGUUCUGCCAAGCAAUGGAGAUUUCCCCUGUAUCAACACUGAUUAUUUUCACAUUGUUUGAACCAGGGUGGUCCAAAGUGAUGAAGUCUAUAGACCUAGCUGUUAGCCUGGGCUUCAGUCCGCUGAAGGUAAUUUGCUUUAGCAUGUGAUCAAGAUCGAAGGUUUUUCUGACAUCACAAUUGUCCAAUUUGCAACUAUGGACCUAUUUUUUUCCAGAUAAAUUGUGUUGUGAUGAAAGGUUUAAAUGAUGAUGAGAUUUGUGAUUUUGUUGAAUUCACAAGAAAUGUGGUAUGUAAUUAUUACUUUAAUAAUCCUGUUUUAUUGCUUUGGCAUGCUAGUUGUGGACAUAGAGUAUGAUAAAAUUCAUUUUGUUUUUUAUGUUUCAGCCAGUGGAUGUCAGGUUCAUUGAAUACAUGCCUUUUGAUGGUAAGAUGCUAAAUUGUAAAGAUCAGAAGCAGACCAGAAACCAGAGUUGGUUAAAUUUAUAUUAAUUUAUAUUAAUUUCUUAGGCAAUAAAUGGAAUUUUCAAAAGUUUGUUUCGUAUCAAGAAAUGCUCAACACUAUCAGAGAGAAAUGGCCAGAUUUGGGAAGACUUUGUGACCAUGCCAAUGACACAUCCAAGGUUUGUUUUGAACUAAACUUUGUUUUAGGAAAUCCAUAUCUAAUGUAUUGUCCAUAUGUCUUGUCUUGACAGUCCUGUGUCAGUGCAGGUCGUGGCAAUAAUAAGAAAGCUUUGCAUUGAUAGGGAUACAACUACCUGAAAAAUACAAGCACAACUUUGACAUUUUGAGUGAAGUCUCUUUGUUGAAACGUCGACAUUCUCCUUUUAUUUUUCAGGUAGUUUAUCCCUAUUAAUCCAAAGCUAUCUCCAUAUGUUUUAAUCUAUUUAUAUUGUAUUAUUUUCUGUGAUCAUCAAACUGUUUGAAUGGUGUGUAAUUGCAGGCGUACAAAAUUCCUGGCUUUUCUGGGCAGCUUGGGUUCGUCACGUCAAUGAGUGAACAUUUUUGUGGCAGUUGUAAUAGAUUACGGAUCACAGCUGAUGGAAAUCUCAAGGUGAAACAAUUGUUCUACGAGAUGUAUUUUCAUAUCGUGUAUUUUCUAUAAACCGCCGCCCUGGAUGAGUACUAAAUUUUGGAGUGGAGAAGGUGUCACCAGUUGGUAGAGAUUUCAAAAUUUCACUUAGUGAAAAAUCGCUAUAUAUAUAUUUACUGAGAUAAAUUUCACUCGUGUGAUAUCGCAUGAAGCUAUAGCUGGCUCGCAUUUUUAUUGCAGGUUUGUUUAUUUGGCAAUGCUGAAGUGAGUUUACGUGACUUGCUAAGAUCAGGUGCAAGUGAAGACGAGCUUGUUGACGUUAUUUCAGCAGCCGUUCAACGCAAGAAGAAGCAACAUGCGGGUGUGUUCAUUUUUUUCUAUCUUUUCCUUUGUCAAAGCACUUUUCAUUCACAAGUUAAAUUGUCUGGAGUUUGACGGAGUAAUAUACCAAAGUGAAUAUCAGUCAGCAUCAUUGGGGAAAAAUUACGCAUUGGAUCGAUACUUCAUACCAAAGCAUUUUCCUUCGCUUCUUUGAGGCAGAUUUACACUACACAAUUUUUGCCUGAAACUGUCGCAUGCAAACUGCUUACAACUUGAGUUGCACUGUGUAAAUCAAGCACACAACUCACCUACGUCUACGUGACAACGUAAUUAAGUGAGUCGUGUGCUUGAUCAUAGCUGGUCUAUUAAGAUAUGACUGUCUGGAAGCUCGGCAAACUUCAAAGCCACAAAAUAGAAGACCUUUGUGCACAAAUCCUUUGUCUUAACUUCAUUAAAUAUUAUUCAUUGUGGCUGCACAUUUCAUCUCAGCUAUUACUUCAUUAUCUAAAAUACAAUGAGCUCAAUCACUGUGACCGCGCACAAAUUAACAUAAACUCGGACAAAAACAUAUAACAAACAUUUGUGUUUAGUUUCCAUACCACAACUCAAGUUGUAAACUGGUUGCAUGGACAGUUUUAGGCAAAAGUUAACAGUGUGACUUUUAACAUUCCUCAGGCAUUUUGCGGUAGUUAAUUUUUGGACUUCUUUUCUUGAAUCCAGGCAUGUUCAACAUCGCAAAACAGAAAAACCGUCCCAUGAUUCUCAUUGGUGGGUAAAUACAUAGUAGGUAAUCGCUCGCUUGUUUUAUACACAAAUCCCAAGUCAACUUCAGGUUCGAACUCAAAGCAGUAAGGUGGUCUCUUUUUAUUGAUCUUUUCCAGGUCCUGUACAAAGCAAUAUAUCCAAAUUCAAAUUUCAAUACCCAUCGCAUGCCCAAUAUGUGAUGAAUUACCCAAAAUUAUCCCUUUCUCAUAUCCUGGACAUGCUAUAUCACCAAACACGCGAAGAUACAGGUAAAUCUGGCAAUUCGCAAAUAUAUACUACGGGUAACGUGCCAUCUAUAAAGUCAACCGACCAUUUUAGAGUAAAUCCUAUUGACUGUCCCCAAAUAAACAGCUUCGCAAAUACUAUGAUAGAUUUUCGUCAGGGAAAAGAGCCUUCAAAACAACUAAAUGAUUUUGAAGAGAAUUCACAUAAUAGCUAUUUUAUGACUGUAAAUAACACUUGUUCAAAAGUUGAUGGUCUUAGCAGAAAACAGCGUGGUAGUUUCAGCUUCAUGCCGUUUGAAAAGCCACUAAAGAAACCUAAAUGUUUUGAACAGUUUUCAUAUCGAUGUUUCACAACGACUGUAAAUACUAGCACAAAUAACGAAAAGCCAACUGCAGAAAUGUCUUUCCAAAAUGAUGAAAUUGGUGAAGGUUUAACACACGUCAACAAGGAAGGCAAAGCAAACAUGGUUGAUGUCGAAAGCAAAAUGAACACGCUUCGUUACAGCGUUGCUACAGCGAGGGUGAAACUGGGUGAGAAGGCAUUUCAAUUGGUUAAAGACAACAAAAUGAAAAAAGGAGAUGUCGUGAACGUUGCAAAGCUUGCCGGAAUUAUGGCGGCGAAGCAGACAGCCAACUUAAUUCCACUUUGUCAUAAUAUUCCUUUGAUCAGUAUUAAUGUUGAUUUGGAGUUCGAAGAAGCGACACACAGCCUGGUUAUUGAAGGAAAAGUGAAGUGUUUUGGAAAAACUGGUGUUGAAAUGGAAGCACUGACCUCGGUCAGUGUGGCAGCUCUGACUGUCUAUGACAUGUGUAAGGCUGUGUCCGAGGAUAUAGUUAUUACGGAUAUACAACUGAUGGAAAAAGACGGCGGAAAGUCGGGUUAUUUUGUGCGCAAUCCUGGUGAACUCUGA